AUUGCGAAUGCUGAGAGGAAACAGCUAAAUUUAAUUACUUCUACUCAAUCCAAAAUAUUUAAAAUUUUUCGAAACUUUAAAUUAAAAAAAAAACAGCAAAAAAGUAAAUCAGCGCGAUGUCUACACCGUUACUCAGCAGAUACCUGCAGAAUUUUCAUCUGCUCAUUCUAUUGUGCCUUCUCUUCCAUUGGAUGCACAAGGCAGAUGGUUUAUAUACGAUGCGAUCACGAGUGCCAUGUGAAGAUCCUGAACCGCUGAAAAAUGGUUUCUCAGCUUCAAAACGGCGUAAUAUGUUGUUGCAACAUUAUUGCAAUUAUGGCUUCAAGUUGAUCGGCGAUAGGCGGACGCAGUGCAAUCGGGGCAAAUGGAAUGGCAAUCGGCCGAUAUGUGCGAAGCCCGGUUGCACCAUUCCCUCGGAGAAUCCUGAGCAUGGCAGAAUUCAAUAUAUUGAUCAGUAUCAUAUCGGUCUUUAUUGCUCAGAGGGCUUUGAUUUGGCUGGUAAUCGCUAUGCUUAUUGCAACGGCACGGAUUGGGAUCGUCCGCUGGGCUUUUGUCGGAAGCACUCCAACACCGUCAGUCAUGAAUGCGAUUUCGAAUCCAGCGACAUCUGUGGUUGGGUGGUGGAUGUGUCAGAGAGUUUCAAAUGGCGUCGCGCCAUGGCCGUCAAUGUGUUCACAUCUUUUCAUACCGGACCGAAACACGAUCACACCACAAUGACAGCAAGUGGCGGCCAUUACAUGCUGAUGGAAAGCUUUGGCGCCACUACAGCGCCUGCAGCGCUCACAUCGCCCAUUUAUGGGCGAGAUAUAAGCCUUAUGACGGCAUGUUGUUUCCAAUUUUACUACCUCAUGUAUGGCGCUGGUGUGGGUAAUUUGAAUGUCUACGUGAAGCCGGUGACGAAGAUGUUGUCGGAGGUUAUAGAGAAUAAGGAUAACUAUGUGAAAUUUACAAAGUCUGGAACUCAGGAAAAUAACUGGAUUGAGGCGCAUUUUAAUAUCGAUGAAAUGGAGGACGAUUUUCAAAUAGUCUUCGUGGCAGAUGGCGCUAAAAAUCACCUCAGUGACAUUGCUAUAGACGAUGUUAAAAUAAUGACCGGAACCGAGUGUAAAUCCUUGGAUAAUCACGAUGACGGGCCGGAUGACUCCGCUGAGUAUGAGCCUACAACUACUGAGGCGUCGCUCUACGACACUUUGUCGUGCGAUUCACGUUGUGGCCAGGAAACAAACUUUGGCAUAAUGCGCAACGCAAGUCGACUAAUUGGUCUAUGCAGUUGCCAUGACAGCUGUAUUGCUGAUGAUGACUGCUGUCCCGAUUACAUCAAAGUCUGCUUAGAUGCGGCAGAUGACGAUCAGAUUUCCACAACAUCCAAAACCACAACGACAACAGCAAAUACCACAACGACAACGGAAAAUACCACGCCAUCAACUACGACUACAACACCCUCAACAACGCAGAAAACCAUCCUUACCACUCCAAUAACAACAACGACUACAACCACAGCAAAAACAACCCAAAAGGCAACACCUACUACUAGUACAACAACUACCACUACGACAACAACUCGCAGGCCCACAACCGCUAGUACGAGCUCAACCUCUACGACAACUACAACAACCACCCGUAAGCCAACAACAACAAGCACAACCAGAACCACAACAACUACUCGUAAGCCUACACCGCCUACGUCUACGCGCACAACAACAAAAAAAACAACCACAAAACGUACAACGCCAACAACAACGACAACUAGAAAACCUACAACGCCUACAACAACUAAAAUAAUAAGAACAACAACAACAACCGCAACCACAAAACUAUCAACUAUCUCAACCACUCGUAAGCCCACAACAAAAACAAUAAUUUACACACAGCCUAUGCUGGAAACAACUACUGGCGCUACGACUAACCGCAAGGUAUCUGAAGGCGUUACGAUGGAACUGCCGCGUAAUAAAACAAUUCGAACGCGAACCAAUACCACAAAGCACACCUGGCAAUGGCAACCGAAGCCAGAAACCAAUCCACGUCAAUCCAUAGCGCUCUUUUUUAUAUUUGCGCUACUGCUUAUCGCCAUCGUGACGGGCGCCAUCUAUCGACAUAGAGAACCACUCAAAGUCAUUUGGGUGAGAAAAUUAUUGAAAAAGAAUCAGAAUGAUGGCGGUGCUGAGGACAGCAACUCGAUAAUUGCAAACUUCCAUCCCGAAAGUGCAACGCAGAAUGGUAGCAGCACCGCUAGUGCAAGCACGGUGGGAAAUCGUUUGAAGCUUUCAUUACCCAGCCUCAGGCGGAACAAACCGGGGUGUAGAGGGUCGGCAGACGAACAAUCACUGUGUGAGGAAAAUGAUAAAGAUGACAUACCGCUGUUGUAAGUGAGAUAACUGGAGUGAUACAUAAAUACAGACAUAAGUAUCUAGAUGGGAUUGUUUUCUAUUGAGAUUGAAAAAUACACUCAUACGCAUGUUAGUUUUAAAGUGUAUAAGAUUGAAAUAAAGCUUUGAAAGUUGCUAAUUUUUAAGAGUUAA